AUGAAUAUGACACUGGAUCGCCUGAAAGUGGCCUUCCUCGGCCCCCGCGCGUCUUUCUCGCAUCAGGCCGCAGCCGAGUCCUUUGGUCGUACGUCGGCCGAUUUGCUUCCUCAUAUCACCUUUGCCGAUGCCUUUGCUGCCCUUCAACAGCAAGAAGUCGACUACGCCAUCAUCCCUUGCGAGAAUUCUACCAACGGAUCUGUUGUUCAGACUUUCGAUCUUCUUGCGGACCGCAAUGACCUCUACAAAGACGUGAAAGUGUGUGGAGAGCACUAUUUAACCGUACAUCAAUGUCUCUUAGUCCGCAAGGGCUCAUACCCGUCUGGCUGGGAGGGCUACGACGGAUCCAUCACCAAAUUAUAUACACACCCGCAAGCAUGGGGUCAAUGCGAGUUGGUGUGGAGAAGACAAGAUGUCUCGUCCACGUCAAAGGGGGCCGAGAUUGUCUCGAAGGAGAUGGAAGAGCGCAGCGCAGCCAUUGCCAGCCGAUUUGCGGCGGAAUUCCACGGCGUGGAUGUGUUGAAGGAGAACAUUGAGGAUCGAGCGGACAACACUACCCGCUUCUUGAUUUUGAAAAAUGUGCGUGCUGAGCGAACAGCUCAACUAGAGCUGGACCAGUCCGCCACUGUCACCACUCACAAGACUCUGAUCUCAUUCGCGAUCGAUCACUCUCUUCCUGGCGCCUUGGCAGAUGCGCUGUUGAUCUUCAAGGCUCACGGUCUGAACCUCACUAGUAUUAACACAAGGCCUAGUUUGAAACGGGCUUGGCAAUACAUCUUCUUUGUGGAAUGUGGACGGACGCCAUCCGAUGAGAACAAAGACGCCGUCCUCAAGGCGCUGAAUGAUCUUCGGGCUGUCACCGACUUCUGCAGGGACUUGGGAACCUGGCAGGAUCAACUUGGAGUCAGACUUUAA